AUGCCUGCGAAAACACAUCCACAAUUGAACCACGAGUUGAUCCAGGACGAGGAUCCCAACGCCAUGAUCAACUAUAACGACGCCAUCGACUACUGGCUGUCGGUGCCUGCGUCUGUUGAUGGUGUCUUGGGUGGUUUUGGUGAACACACCCCUGUGCCCAAGGCUGAUAUUAUCGGCUCGGCCACUUUUUUGCGGAAAUUGCAAACGAGAAUGGAGUGUCCUGCUGGGUCGGAGAAGUUGACCAUCGACAUGGGUGCAGGCAUUGGCCGAAUCACAAGAGACUUUCUCUGGAAAGUGAGCGACAGGUGUGACUUGUUGGAGCCUGUGAAACCGUUUGUGGAGCAGAUGAAAAAAGAGCUUGUGGGUGUAGCGCAGAAGGGCAAGUUGGGCGACAUCUACGACAUUGGUAUGCAAGAAUGGGAAGCGUCAUCGGAGAAAAGGGGCAAGUACUGGCUUGUGUGGUGCCAGUGGUGUGUAGGGCAGUUGCCUGAUGAGGAGUUGGUGAAGUUUUGGAUUAGAUGCAAGGAAGCGCUCAUGGAAAACGGCACUAUCAUCGUGAAGGAGAAUAUUGCUCCCGUAGACGACAUUUUCGAUGCUACAGACUCGAGUGUCACGAGAUCGGACGCCAAGUUCAGACACUUGUUUCAGUUGGCAGGACUCAAGUUGAUCGCCAGCGAUGUGCAAAGGGGCCUACCGCGCGAGUUGUACCCGGUCCGCAUGUACUGUCUCAAGGCCAUGUAA